UGUGUGACGUCCUUUACCAACGUGUCUAUUUCGUGGAGAGAUAGCGCGGGUCGGGUUAUAAAUUACGCGCUGAGAGGCACAGCAACACACGGACAACCCGGGCCAUUUCGUUAAAAUACAAGCCCAUUACUACCGCCAACAGACAAUAUAGUCAAACAUUUUCUUCAUAUAAGUAUUUCGUUCCUUUUUUAAGGUACACUCAGGGCGCACAAUGGCAGAAAACAUGGAGGGGAAGGUAUCCAACGGAGAAGCGCAUCUUGAUGAGCCGGUAGCCAACGGACUCCGCCAGAAGAAGUGUUCCAACGAGACAACCGUGGAGAAAAUAAAGAGGUUAGUCAUGGCCAACUUGCUGGUGAUUCUCACAGUGGCCGGGGUGAUCAUCGGGGUGUUCAUCGGACUUGGUGUGCGCCACAUGGAGCUGAGCAGGACACAGAUCCUCUACGUGGGCUUCCCCGGCGAGCUGCUCAUCCGGUUGUUGAAAAUGAUCAUCAUCCCCCUGGUGGUGUGCAGCCUGGUGUCCGGGGCGGCCAGCAUCGACCCCAAAGCUCUGGGCAAGCUGGGCGGCUGGGCGAUGAUUUUCUUUUUGGUCACUACUUUAAUUGCAUCAGCCAUCGGGGUGAUCAUGGCGUUCAUCAUCUCCCCCGGAUCAAACACCGGCUCCAAGCCAAUUUUGUCGGAUGACGGCGAGCUGCCCCAGGCCAAAGAAGUGGUGGACUCCUUCUUGGACCUGAUCAGAAACAUCUUCCCCUCCAACUUGGUGUCUGCUGCCUUUCAGUCUUACGCUACCAGUUACAAGUUUGUGACCAAGAAUGUCUCGAAUGGCUUGCCCAGCAUCACAGUGGAGAAGGUUCCCUUUGGCACAGACCAGGACGGUAUGAACAUCCUAGGACUGGUUGUGUUUGCCAUAGUGUUUGGUGUGGCCCUGAGGAAGCUGGGAGAGGAGGGAGAGAUCCUCAUCAAGUUCUUCAACUCCUUCAACGAGGCCACCAUGGUGCUGGUGUCCUGGAUCAUGUGGUAUGCCCCCCUUGGAAUCAUGUUCUUGGUAGCAGGGAAGAUCGUGGAGAUGGAGGACGUGGGAACGCUGUUUGCCAGCCUGGGCAAGUACAUCGCCUGCUGUAUCGUCGGCCACGCCAUCCAUGGCCUGCUGGUCCUGCCGGGCAUCUACUUUAUCAUCACCCGCAAGAACCCCUACACCUUCCUGUGGGGCAUCUUCACCGCUCUGGCCACCGGCUUUGGAACCAGCUCCAGCUCUGCCACCCUGCCCCUGAUGAUGAAGUGCGUGGAGGAGAACAACGGUGUGUCGAAGCACAUCAGUCGUUUCAUUCUGCCCAUCGGGGCCACGGUGAACAUGGACGGUGCAGCGCUCUUCCAGUGUGUGGCGGCCGUCUUCAUCGCUCAGCUCAACAACAUCCCGCUCAACUUCAUCCAAGUCUUCACCAUCCUAGUGACAGCCACGGCGUCCAGUGUGGGAGCAGCAGGGAUCCCCGCGGGGGGCGUGCUGACGCUGGCCAUCAUCCUGGAGGCAGUGGGACUGCCCACCAGCGACAUCUCCCUCAUCCUCGCCGUCGACUGGCUCGUGGACCGUACCUGCACCAUUCUGAACGUGGAGGGCGACGCCUAUGGAGCCGGGCUGCUGCAGUGGUACGUGGACCGCUCUGACAAGCCCAGGGAGGGGCCGGAGCUAAGCGAGGUAAAGCUGGAGGAUGGCACGCCCGCCUUGCCGGAGCACUCGCCCCUCAUCGAGGAGAAGGAGAGCAGCAGGGGCGCGAGCGACGAGACGGCGGCGGCUUGCGGCUCUGAGAAAGAGUCGGUCAUGUAGAUGGUUCGCUGACGUGUCAUCGAUGACCCUCCGUUUGACCCCUCAAUCAUGCCAGAAAGGAGGGGGAGAGGGCCUUUUUAGACUUCCAUUUAAAGACGAUUCCUUUCCUUGUGUCUUCUCUCUUUCUAAGCGAGACUGAGAGAUCCAGGUAGGGGGGGUUGGUGGGGUGGGGGGCCAAAGGAGAGCGUGAACAGAGGCUGUACAGAUUUGAACGUGACAGUGUUUUUGAUUAAGGACUCUAGAUUGGAGUCCUUUUAAUGCUGCUUUGGUUCAGAAGAGCUGGCCCUGACUUCCACUCCCUUUUUAAAUAUUUAUAACAGUAACCAGUCUUGAAAAGGCAAAUAUCUCCAUGUUUUCUAUAUCACAGCCGCAUGUACAGUUUGUUUCUCUGUGUAUGAAGUAGCCUGCACUAAUUCUCACUGUACUCUGAGAGUAGAUUAUGAAAAUUCCAAAGUUAUCACACAAGAUCCUCUGUACUGUAUGAUGUACCAAAUUAAGUUGAAUCCUAAAUGAUGUUCCACUGCUGGGAGAAAGGACUUUUCUCACACAAGAACUGUGGCUCUGCUCAAUGCUUCUAAUCUGUAGCUGUUUUUAUCCCAGACAUUUCAGUCAGUCUGGGGCCAAGCACAAGAGGGUUUGCACAGUCCAAAUGAAGGCUUCAUGUUCUCACAGUGGUUUUACAAUGUUAAAAGAAUGCGUGAGAGGUGUUGCAAUAGAGAUCCUAUUCAAUUACUAAGAGGGGAAAUGUCAUAUCUCAAAGUUUCAGAAUGGGACAAAAUGGCAGCCAUCUUGGUCAGGGCGAAAUCCAAAAACAGUCAUGGGAAUGAAUGGCAGUAGAGGUGAUGCAUUUCCUGCUUUUACUUAAGCAGGGGGGGGGGGGAGUAAGGCAUGUGAUACAUCAUGAAUUGUGCUAUAUUUGAGCUAGUGUAUGGCUGUGGAUCGACUGCAUUGUUUGAAUAGGAAUGUUGCCAUUUUAGCAGUUAAUUUGAAAAAAUGUAUAGGAUCAUUCCUCAAACUGUCUGGCUAGCUAGCUAAUAGACACAUGGAGUGCAGAUAAAUUUUUGUUUUACACUAUAUUAUCACAGCACUGCCAAACCAUGGUUGACCACCUCCCUGACCAACAUGGCUGACAUUUGGACCUUGAUAAGAAGGUUAAUGUCCAUUCUAGUGUUCGAAUUCUUCAUUCUAUGGGUGUUGCCCUUCCUGUUCCUUCACUAGGCUAAGAGUCGCAGUAAUGGAAUGUUGCAUGUCCUAUGUUUAUUGGGGAAUAGGACUUUUGGCAGACGAGUGGGAAGAUAAGUGGGGGGAGUUACAGUGAGCCAGUCUGAGGCAAUUUCAUUUAGAGGAAUACAUUAUGAAAUUCUAUUUGUCUCUUAUGACAAAGGUGUAUCUUUUAAAGCAAGGGGUUAUUGACUGUAGGCCGUUUAUCAAUUUGUGUUUAUUUCAUAGCUUUUUAAAAUCUUUUUUGAAAUGUAUUUCUUGAAUCAGAUAUACUUCAAAACAGACGAGGCCAGUGGCUGAGUAGGAACAUACUCGUCAGCCUCUUUUUGGAUCAGUUCUACUGUUUUAAAUUGUCUCCAAGCUGGCUUCCCUUCAUCAAGUGAAGAAUGUACCUUACCCAAAUCAUGAACACUUUUUAAAAAACGUUUUAUUUGUAGACUUAUUAACGUUAUUUGAAUGUUUAUUUUUGCUAGUUAUAUUUGAUGCUUUAAUUUGUUGGUAAUAGCUUUUUAUACUCAAUGUUUAUCAUUCUGCACAGAGCCGCUUGAAAACCUUUUGGCGAGACAGCAUUUUUAUUUAAUUUAACUAGACAAGUCAGUCCCUAUGGGACUCCCGAUCACGGCCGGUUGUGAUACAGCCCGGGAUCAAACCCGGGUCUGUAGUGACACCUCUAGCACUGCAAUGCAGUUUCACCACUUUCAAAGCAGCAGCACCUAUGGGCCAGUUACUUGUGUUCCAGUUCAACACUUACCUGCUCUGUAAACUGUUUUCCUGAGCAAAAAUAAGCGACUAUAAAUCUACUCGCUGAGCUUAUUUAUUUUGGGGAAAGUUUACAACGGUAAACGUUCAAUAGUGAACAUACAAGCAAAAUACUGGCUACUGGUGAUAGUCUGCAAAAACUUUUUAGCAUUCGUCUUGGCUAUCUUAGUGUACUAGCCAGGUUGAUUAAGCAAUAAGGCCCGGGGGGGGGGAGGGGGUAUAUGGCCAAUAUACCACGGCUAUGGGCUGUUCUUAAGCACGACACAACGCGGAGUGCCUGGAUACAGCCCUUAGCCGUGGUAUGUUGGCAAUAUACCACAAACCCCAUAGGUGCCUUAUUGCUAUUAUAAACUGGUUACCAACGUAAUUAGAGCAGUAGAAAUAAAUGUUUUGUCAUGACCGUGGUAUACGGUCUGAUAUACCACGGCUGUCAGCCAAUCACCAUUCAGGGCUCGAACCACCCAGUUUAUAAAAUCUCUUUUGGAACGUAAUUGUCUUAAAGGGACAGCGUCCUAUUUUGAGAUGUAUAACAAAUAUUCUCAAUUACAUACUUUUAAAGAAAAUAAGGGAAUGGAAUUAAUACAAUGCAGUUCUAAAGAAUAAAGUAAUGGCUUGUGUUGCGAAAUUAUAUUAAACAGAUUUUUUAAAUACAUUUAAUAGCUGAGAGAAAGAGAGAAAGCGUGCCAACAUAUGGGCUCUGCAUGACCCCAGUGCAUCGAUUCUUUAAGGCCCAGUCACGCCUACUGGCCUAUUCGGGCCAGUGAGAUAAAAGCUAAUAGGCCGUCAUUGUAAAUAAGAAUUGGUUCUUAAAUUAACUGACAUGUCUAGUUAAAUAAAGGUUAAAAAAAGAAAAAAGAAUGUUGGACCCUGCAAUAGCCUAUGAAUAGGGCCCAGACCAUGACCCGGUUCAGGCACCAGAAAAGACACCUAUGAAUUAUUUUGCUAUGCUACUUUUGAACCUGUGGUGCCACCUCUGAUUCUGCAGCUUGUCCCCCCCCCUGCUGUCUGUCUUUAUGUUUUGUGCAAUGCUUAAAAAAAACAUUCCACAGGGUCUUUUGUGUGUGUGUGUCAGCGUGUGUACAGAUGUAUGUAUGUGUGGUGAUGGUGGAUGUGUAGUCAGUCACCAUGGCCACACGAUGACAUAGUUACUAGAGCUGUAGAGAACCACGGUUUUGCUCUGAAAUGACUCCGUUAUUUCUAGAAAUAAAAUACAUUUUUUAUUAAUAUUCA